CUUUUGUGUGUGGGAGUAAUUUUUACAUCUGAAUGCAGGAAGGCCUAAGUCCUUGUAAAUUACUCAAAUGCCCAGCUCAAGAAUGGAUAUUUAUAUAACAAAGGGAAUUACCAACCCCAACUAUCCUGGUUUUCAAAAAUUUGCCCAUACCCUCUCUGAUGACUACAUUGAAUACUCCGACAUGGAAUGUAAUGAAAGUGAUUUAACGGAUAGUGACAGAGAGGAUGACCAAAUCCCGUUCCGUAAUAAGGUUGUCAGCAAAGCUGCUUCUGAAACGUUUGAAAAUGCCCAAGAUUUGAUUUUAAAUAAUUGUGACAAUGGAAACACAUAUUCAUUUGAGCAAACCGGAAUCAUAUCGUCGCCUCCAAAUGUACCGGACAUUGUAAAUAAGAAUUAUAGUGGAACAUCAGAAAACUCUAUGCGAACUUUAAAUAAGCCGGACCUUAUUUAUAACCUAAGUCAGAAUUAUUCGACCAAUUCUGACUUCUCUCCCUGGUCAUGUACAAUUAAUUCUAAGUAUGAGGGCCAACUGCAAGGACAAAGUCCUAUUGAUAUUGUUGGAGAUUUUGGCGGAGAGGUGGAGCGGGAAUUCGAACUACUUAUCACCGGUUAUAAAAACAAGAAAUCACAAGAUGGGUUAGAGGGAUCAAAUUUGACCAAGGUUUGCGAUGCAGAACUAUCAAAUGGAACAGAAGCUUUAAAGCACACAUCCUCAACGCGAUUGUCCGGAAACAGCACUCGCAAAAAUAAAAAGAAAAACACACCGUAUGGGCAUGAGUUGAUGAAAACCAAACCUCAGAAACCAUCACAUGAUGAACGACAGUUACCACCAGACACCUUUGACUAUAAAACAUAUAGUCAACGAAAGUUUAUUACUUGUGAUCCUGAUUAUUCGUCCGUUUCGGAAAAAAACAAGAAUGAAAUGCAAAGUAUCAAUCAGGGUGAAAUACCCAACUUGAGCAAUUUAGAAAUCGGUCAAAGCCAGCAGCAUCUUGAGGAAGACAAUAAAAAGGUGACAAACCGGAGGUAUUUAAAUCAGUCGUGCUGGUCUCAAUACUUGGAAGAUCCGAUAAAGUAUUCAAAAGAUCCAUCUGCUACAAUGGUUUUAGAACAAUUUGAUGCAUACAAGGUAGCUAAUGAUAUGGACGUGGAAACAUUACAAAACCAUUUUAAAAAGGUUAAACAAAUAGAAAAAAAGCGCCGUUUUAAUCGAGAUGAAAUACGUAAGAGAUUGGCGAUCGGAGAUAAAGAUCCUUUGAAUAAUGAAAUUAAAAAGGAGGAAUUUCUAACCGGUUCCGACAAUGAGAGCUAUAGUUCCGACUCCGAAACAUGUCCCAAAUUAUCAAGUGGGGUACUUCGCAAGCAAUCUGAUUUUUGUGAAACCAAACGCAAUAAGGAAUUUGAAAACGAUAAAAUUUUUCAAAAGAACCAAAUUAACCAAGAAAAAACCAUGAAUCACUCGAUUAAUGGUAACCCCAUUGAAAAAUCGGAUUUUCAAUCAAAUGAAAAUUUGUUUUUCUUUGCGAACCAAUCAAAGCUCCAAAUAGAGGUUAGAAUAGCCCUAGCUCAAUCGAAGGAAAUAGCCCAAAUGAAAGUUAAGGCAAAGAAGCAUGGAGUCACACCAAUUGUAGAAGUAAUCCGUUCAAUGCUGAGUGACGUUGGUAUAAAAAUGGACUCAAACCAUCGGUGGAUCUCAAGGCAGUUGCUCACUGGAAUUCAAGUUCCGAUUCUUCAGUUAUUGGUCAACAAUCUUCAGAAAUAUAUUGAAAACUUAAAUGUUACUCUACUAGAAAGCCUUAAAGAACGAGACGAUCUUAAUUCGGACCAAGAUGAUAUACUACACGAUCUGGAAAAAAUAAAUAACUUUUUUGUUUUUCAACAGCAAUCUGGACAGCAAGUCAAUAAAAUAGUUAGACACGGCCUUCUCGAUUAAUCACUCUAAAGUUGCAUGUUUUAUUAUUAAUUUGUUUAAAAAUAUUAUAAUCACUUGUAUAAUUGAUAACAAUCUACCGAGACCGUUUAUAAAACACAUA